AUGUCCGUCACGACGUUAAAUGGCCAACCUACACUUAAUAUUUCCGGUCCUGGCCAGACCGCUCUCUCCCGUCUCGAUCCGCUCAAAAAAGUCUUCACCAAAUUCUUUUCUUCCAUUCCACAAAAAGUACGAGGUCAUGUUGUUGCUGUUAUUGGCGAACUUAUUGGCACAACUGCUUUUCUAUUCAUCGCAUUUUCCGCGGCUGAAGUCGCUCUCGCGUCUGCAAAUGAUAACAAAGGCGAUAAAGUUAGCUACGAGACAAAAUCGAUUAGUACAACUCAAAUAUUGUUUAUAGCAUUUGGAGCUGGAAUAAGUCUGGUGGUUAAUGCGUGGACUUUUUUUCGCAUUAGUGGAGGGCUGUUUGACCCAGCAGUCUCUAUUGCAUUGUUCUUCGUCGGCGCAAUCGAUUUGACUAGAUGUGUACUACUUUGUAUAGCACAAUGUGUGGGUGCAAUUGCUGCUUCUGCAAUGGCUUAUGGUUUAUAUCACGGAGGUUUACAUACGGCAACUACACUUAAGCCUGGCAUGAGCCCAGCACAAGGAGUUGUUCUUGAGAUGAUACUCACAUGUCAGCUCUGUUUUACGGUUCUUAUGCUCGCAGCUGAAAAGCAUGAGGCUACAUUUUUGGCACCUCUGGGUAUUGGAUUAUCUGUGUUCAUAGGGGAACUAGCCGGCGUCUUCUGGACUGGCGGCUCCAUGAACCCAGCCCGCUCUCUUGGUCCCGCAGUCAUAACCUUAAGUUUCCCAAGCUACCACUGGAUCUACUGGGUCGGCCCUAUUGCCGGCGCCGGCCUAGCAAGUAUAAUCUACAAACUAAUCAAAGCACUCGAAUACGAAACCGCACAACUUUCCGAGAGCGAAAUUCACGCUCAUCCCGCUGAAGACUCAGAGAAAGCAUCUGGACACACGGGUCCCUGCGAGUGUAUGUGUUUCAAAGUGGCGGCUCAGGAACAAUCAUCGACCGCAAGUAUGCUGCAAGUUGCUACGACAGAUGCGAGGAAAAGCUCGAGUUUGGUUCCGACGAAAAGUACCAAGAGUGGAAAUUCAGAUGUGAAGAAGACUGAGACAGUGGUGGAAGAGCCGGCGAAGACUCAACCGAAGGCUCCUCCAGUGGCUGACGAUGGUUUCUUUGGGGAGAUGUAUGCAGAUUGA